AUGCGCAAGCAAAUUGAAGAAGAACCAACGACGAUUUCGAUGCAUCCCUGUGUCUUUGCAGGGACGUUGGCUGCUGUCGAAUUUCUUGUUGAUAAGUAUGGAACUCAAAUUUUAAGUGAGAAAGAUGAGAAUGGUCAUACUGCUGCUCACUGGGCAUGCCUUGGAGGACAUUUUAGUGUCGUCCAGUACAUGGUGAACAAAGGAGUGUCUGUUAAUAUUCCUAGUUCAAGUCACAUUGGUGCCUAUCCCAUACAUUGGGCUUGUGUAGAGGGACAUGUGUCUAUUGUAGACCUUCUGCUCCGGACCGGAGUACCAAUGGAUAUUUGUGAUAUCAAUGGAUGCACUCCUCUCAUAACAGCCUGUCAACAUGGUAACAGUCACCUCGUUUGCUAUCUAUUGGGACGAGGUGCGAAUAAAUCUAUCUGUGAUCGAAACGGAGACACUGCACUACACUGGGCUGCGUAUAAAGGUUUUCCAGAUCUGAUGCGGUUAUUAAUCUAUUCCGGGUUUGACCCACGACUUAAAGAUAAUUUUGGUUACACAGCAUUGCAUUUGGCUUGUCUUAGUGGCAAUCUGGUCGCCGUAGAGGACUUAUGCGAGAAGGACAAAAUUGAACUUGACACUAAAGAUAAGCAAAACAGGACGCCAGCCCAACUAGCUAAAGAACAAGGUCAUAAUGAUAUUGUUGAAUAUCUGAAGCAAGAAAUAAGAAAAAGGAAAUUCAUUUUCUUAAAUUUUAAUAUAUGGCAUCUAAUUUUUGGUACAAAUGGACAUAGUAAAGGACCUUUGUUUUUCCUCCUUGGUACACUUUUCUUCUGGGGGUAUCCAAUAUAUAUAUUACGGUGCAUCCCUCUUACUUGGAAUACGUACACAAAUAUUCACUUUGUCUUCCUAAUAACAAAUGGGAUCAUGUGGUUAAGCCUUAUUACAGCCCACAACUUAGACCCGGGAUACUUAGCAUUGGAUACUGAAGACUAUCACCGAACAAUAAGCGAGCUCGCCAAGUUCGACAAGUUCCAACAAAACAAGCUUCCCAUGCCUCAAUUAUGCCACACUUGUAGAACUGUACGUCCAUUACGAGCUAAACAUUGUCGUAUUUGCAAUCGUUGUGUCAGACAUUUUGAUCACCAUUGCCCUUAUAUUUAUAACUGCGUUGGGCUUAAUAAUAGAAUAUGGUUCCUAGUAUUUUCACUCACUAUUGCACUAAACUGCACAGUCACGGUGUUCUUUGCAGCAGCGUGUAUAUGGGAAGAUGGAUGGCAAUAUGCGUACAUAAUAGGACUGUUGGAAGCAAUAGUGUUCUGUGGUGUCGGCUGGGUACUUUCGGGUAGCACAGUUCUGUACGCAGCUUACAAUCUUACGAUGAACGAGGCGUUUAAUUACCAUCGUUAUCGAUACUUGAAAGAUAGCGACGGCCAUUACCACAAUCCGUUUAAUCGUGGAUUUCUUGAGAACAUCAAAGAGUUCUUUCAUUGUACCCGAGUAUGGGACGUGCAUGAUGUCAUCAAAGUGGAAGAGACUGUAUAA